AUGGAUCCCGCCGACGAGUUUUCGGCGGCGGCGAACCCGUUCAGAUGCUGGGACCUGAGGGUGGGGCACCCAAACAGGCUGAUCGAGGCGGCGGCGUCGCUGCUCGCCGCCCAGGUGGAGGCGGUGCCGCCGGGGAGGGGGGAGCUGGAGGAGAUGUUCCAGGCGUACGGAGUGAGGUACCAGACGGUGGAGAAGAUCGGGGAGCUGGGGUUCACGGUGAGCACGCUGGCCGCGAUGAGGGAGGAGGAGCUUGAGGACAUGAUGGCCGCCUUGUGCCAUGUCUUCCGGUGGGAGCUCCUCGUCGGAGAGAGGUACGGCAUUAAGGCCGCUGUCCGCACCGAGCGGCGGCGGCGGCAGCUCGACGGGUUCUUCCAACUGGACGAGGAGGAGCAGCGGCGGCGCCGCCAGGUCGUCUCCCCCGACUCCGGCGCCCUCGACGCCCUCUCCCAGGAAGGUGAGCACCCACCCGUUCUCCGUCCUCCUCUGCCCCCGCAUCCUCUGACGGCGCCGCCGGUUCUUCGUUACUGGUUCAUUUGCAGGCCUAUCGGAGGAGCGGGUCCAGCAGGAGAGGGAGGCGGUGGCCAGCGGCGGCGAGGCCUGGGAAGGCCACAAGAAGAAGAAGACGACGGCGACCAGGAGGAACAAGAAGACGACGCCGAAGAAGAAGAAGAACGAGGAAGAGGAAGACGGCGAAGAGGAGGAGGACGACGACGAUGACGAAGAAGACGGCGAGGGAGAGUGCGAGGGGAAGGUCUCCGGCGGCGGCGCCGCGGCCGGCGGGGAGCGACAGCGGGAGCACCCGUUCAUCGUGACGGAGCCCGGAGAGGUCGCCCGGGGGAAGAAGAACGGCCUCGACUACCUCUUCCACCUCUACGACCAGUGCCGCGACUUCCUCCUCCAAGUCCAGUCGAUCUCCCGCGAACGCGGCCACAAGUGCCCUACCAAGGUCUAAAACCUUCUCUCUCUCUCUCUCUCUCUCUCUCGUUGUCUACUGAGAUGCGGAGGGGCUGGUGGCGCCACCGUGCAGGUGACGAACCAGGUGUUCAGGUACGCGAAGGAAGCGGGGGCGAGCUACAUAAACAAGCCGAAGAUGAGGCACUACGUGCACUGCUACGCGCUGCACUGUCUGGACGAGGAGGCGUCGAAUGCGCUGAGGAGAGGGUUCAAGGAGAAGGGGGAGAACGUCGGAGCCUGGCGGCAGGCCUGCUACCAGCCGCUGGUGGCGCUGUCAGCGCGCCACCAUGGAUGGGACGUGGACGCGCUCUUCAACUCACACCCCCGGCUCUGCAUCUGGUACGUGCCCACCAAGCUCCGCCAGCUCUGCCACCUCGCCCGCAGCACCGCCGCCUCCGCCGCAGCGCAACCGCCCCACGGUGGCAUCCCUUACCUCUUCUAG